CAUUCUAUUUCUUAUAAGAGAAACAUUUCUUGGAGAUGAGGAAAAUGGCCAAAACAGAAAAGGCAUCUAAAGCGAUUUCUGAUAUUAGCCUCGAAGUUGAUAGGCUCGGAGGACGUGUUUCGGCGUUUGAGAUGGUUAUUAAAAAAGGAGGGAAAGUUGCGGAGAAAGAUCUUGCAAAGGUGAUUGAGUUGUUGAUGAAUGAGUUGAUCAAGCUGGAUGGGAUUGUAGCUGAAGGAGAUGUGAAGUUACAAAGAAAGAUGCAGGUGAAGAGAGUGCAGAACUAUAUGGAAGCACUUGAUGUUUUGAAGAUGAAGAACUCUAUUGCCAAUGGACAGCAGAAACAGUCUAGUAGUCAGAGACUUGCAACAAUUCAAAAACGUAUGCAAGAACAGAAACCGACACAAUCGCUUAUGGACAUGGGAAAAAAGAAGAAAUCUGUAAAUGCGUUGUCCAUUGCCAAAGGUUGUGAAGUAGAAGUCACUUCAGAAAAAGAAAUGUUCAAAGUUUCUUGGCAUAUAGCUAUCCUGCAGCAAAGUCCGAUGAAAGUGAAAGGGGCAAAGCUUCGGGUCUGCUAUACAACUUUGCUGGACAAGGAUAGUUUAACUCCUUACACAGAAAAAGUUGAUCAAAGCCUCAUCCGACCGGUUCAGCCAGGGGAUCUGAAUAACGAUUUCGUAUAUGAGAGAGGAUCAGUGGUGGAUGUUUAUGUUAAUGGUGGAUGGUGGAAGUGUGUUAUUGUAAAGGAAUUUCCAAAUGAGAAGUUUUUGGUUUACUUGGAUUUUUUACCAGAAGUAUUAAAAUUCGACAAAAGCCGACUGAGACCUAAUGUUGAUUGGACCGGCUCUACAUGGGUCAAAAGCCAAAAAAAGGAACUUAGUGAAGACAUUUAUAGCCCAGGGGAAAAAGUGGAAAUGACUCGUAGAAUCCGUAAAAUAGAAGAUAUCUGGGUCACAACAAUGGCCAUUAAACAGAUUGAAGAGGAUGGUAAAAGAAAAGUUAUCAUCAAAAGAUUAUCCGAGUCACUGCGUUUGAGUGAUGAUGAUGAAGACGAUGCAUUGUUUAAAAAAGUUGAUAUUUGCAAACUCAGGCCAUGUCCGCCUCGUUAUUUUUGGGGAAAGUAUAUAUUGGGAGACAUUGUUGAAGUGUUUGUUAGCUGUGGAUGGCGUCUAGGUGAAGUGAGGGAAGUUCUCCCUGGUAACCAGUACUCAGUGCACUUCAAGAACGCAAAAGAGGAGGCGGUUUUUAAAAGCUAUUCACUUAGACCGUCACGGGAGUGGAAAAAUUGUCGUUGGAUACUUACAAGAGAGGUAUAUUCUAACACAUAAACUGUGUUCACUUUUGGUUUAUUCUGAAUAACAAAUGAUUAGUAAACUUCCUUCACCGUUUUUCAGAUAGAAUCUGUAGAAGAAACUCAUUCAAGCAAAUCGAAAAAUGAUUUGAUGAACACUGAGGAAGAUUUGAUGAAUGAUGCUCGCACUCCAACCAUUGUUUUAGAGUCCAAUGAAGAUGAUAUGAUGAACGAUGAUGCAACCGAAAUCAUAACCCCUGAAGAA